GCGUGCGCGCGCCGUGCCGGCCGUCGCCGCGGUGACCGUCCUCUGAGUCCGUCGGCUCGCGCCCCGCCCCCGUUCCUGCUGCCCCCUCCCCUGUCGCUGGCGGGGAGUGUUUCUCGCUCCUCCCGGUUGCUGCCGCCGUCGCCGCCGCUCCUCCUCUCCCAGUCUUGGGUUUCCCUGGCGCUACUGCCGCCACUGCCUCUGCGGUCUGUAUGAGGAGGAGGAGGAUGUGAAGAUGGCGGAGCUGCAGAUGCUGCUGGAGGAGGAAAUCCCGGGGGGCCGCCGGGCCCUCUUCGACAGUUACACGAAUCUGGAACGGGUGGCCGAUUACUGCGAGAACAACUACAUCCAGUCAGCAGAUAAGCAGCGAGCCCUAGAAGAAACCAAAGCCUACACCACCCAGUCCUUAGCAAGUGUUGCCUAUCUGAUAAAUACCUUGGCCAACAAUGUCCUGCAGAUGCUGGAUAUCCAGGCGUCCCAACUUCGAAGGAUGGAGUCUUCAAUCAAUCAUAUUUCACAAACCGUUGAUAUUCAUAAAGAGAAAGUUGCAAGAAGAGAAAUUGGUAUUUUGACUACCAAUAAAAACACUUCAAGGACACAUAAGAUUAUUGCUCCAGCCAACCUUGAACGACCAGUUCGUUAUAUUAGAAAACCUAUUGACUAUACAAUUCUAGAUGAUAUUGGACAUGGAGUAAAGUGGUUGCUUAGAUUUAAGGUGAGUACCCAGAACAUGAAGAUGGGUGGGCUCCCGCGUACAACACCUCCAACUCAGAAACCCCCCAGUCCCCCUAUGUCAGGGAAAGGGACACUUGGGCGGCACUCCCCCUAUCGCACACUGGAGCCAGUGCGCCCUCCAGUGGUACCAAAUGAUUACGUACCUAGCCCAGCCCGUACUAUGGCUCCCUCGCAGCAGAGCCCUGUGAGGACAGCUUCUGUGAAUCAAAGAAAUCGAACUUACAGCAGCAGCGGGAGUAGCGGAGGAAGCCACCCUAGUAGUCGGAGCAGCAGUCGGGAGAACAGUGGAAGUGGGAGUGUGGGAGUCCCCAUUGCUGUUCCUACACCUUCUCCUCCCAGUGUCUUUCCAGCCCCUGCUGGCUCUGCUGGUACUCCUCCCCUUCCUGCUACUUCUGCAUCUGCCCCUGCCCCUCUUCCUGCUACUGUCCCUCCCUCCACUGCCCCAGACACUGCCGCUGGGGGUGCCCAGACCCUUGCUGAUGGCUUCACUUCUCCAACUCCCCCUGUUGUUUCUUCCACUCCCCCUACAGGUCAUCCUGUUCAGUUCUACAGCAUGAAUAGACCUGCCACUCGCCAUACUCCCCCAACAAUAGGGGGCUCUUUGCCCUACAGGCGCCCUCCUUCCAUAACUUCACAAACAAGCCUUCAGAAUCAGAUGAACGGAGGACCUUUUUAUAGCCAGAACCCAGUAUCUCUUGCUCCUCCUCCCUCCAUCCUACAGGUAACUCCUCAGUUACCUUUAAUGGGAUUUGUGGCCAGAGUCCAAGAAAAUAUUUCAGAUGCACCACCUCCACCACCACCUGUGGAAGAACCAGUCUUUGAUGAGUCCCCACCACCACCUCCUCCUCCAGAAGAUUACGAAGAGGAAGAGGCAGCCGUGGUUGAGUAUAGUGAUCCUUAUGCUGAAGAGGACCCACCGUGGGCUCCAAGGUCUUACUUGGAAAAGGCCAAGACUGGAAGCAACCUAUACGUCUUUCAACUGGUGAAUGGAUAAGCUAAUUGUGGGCUAUCCAUCCAUUCAAUGGAAUACUGUUCAGCAAUGGAGAGGAAUAAACUACUGGUACGUACAGCGAUAUCGAUGGAUCUCAAGCAUUAUGCUAAUGAAAGAAUCUAGACACAAAAGACUCAUACUUUAUGAUUCCAUCUAAAUGAAAUUUAGAAGAUGAGUGGUUUGGGGGGACCAAUAGUGGCUACAUGGGGGCAUAAGGAAACUUUGGGAUAAUGGCCAUUGUAAGGAUUGUGGUAGAAGUUGUUCAUUUGUCAUGUAUACAGGUGCAUACAUUUGUGAAAACUCACUGAAUAUAAACUUAAGUGAUUGUGUUUUUUGUCUAAAUUACUUCUUAAUAAAGCUGCUUUAAGAAAAGAAAAAAAAAGAGCCCAAGGUACACUAGGGUACCAAUGUCCAGUGGCCUUGGACAUGGACAUGUUUUACAGAUUCCAUGACAUGUUUUACAGAUUCCUUAGCUGAUUUUAACACUGUCCUGGACAAAGUGAUGACAGUUUUCAGCUCUGAAAAACCAGCUCAGUGAGUCCUUAAGAGAAAAGCAUAAUGAAGAGAUUUGCUUGUUAAAAAUCUCCUCUUCGGUGAACAUGUUAAAAUCUGGAGAGAUUUGUAAGAGAGGAAAGUAAGUUUAUUUUCAGUCCAAAUAACUCUUUAAAGCUUAAAAGAAAAUGCCUGAGUUGUUUCCUAAGAUAUUUUUCAAAGUUAAUCUCUGUUAAGCUCAAAUCUUUUAAAACAUGAAAAUCAAAUAACCUCCUCCUUACUCUUUCUGGAGAAACAGAAAUAACCGUGUUCAGCUUAUGACUGAUUGCUUUUUGUUGGAGUGCAUAAAUGUUGAGCCUGUUGCCUAAUGUCUUAUUUUGCUAUCUUAGACUUAGGACCUCGUUCUCAACUGUGUCUGCAUAUUAGGGUCACCUAGGGAAUGUUUAAUAUGUCUGCACUUCCAGAUCUAUUAAAUCAGAAUCUGUGGACAUGGGACGCAGGCAUCAGAAUUUUUUAAAGUUCCAAGGUUGAGAACCACUGCAUAGGUUUAUCAUAACCCUUGAUUAUUAGCCAAGUGGAGAAAAUUUGUAUAUGUAAGUAUCUUUAUUUAACUUGGGUAGAGAAAAGAUAUUUUCUUUUAUUUAUUAUGUGCCUGGCAUGAUGCAAGACUUAUUACAUAUGUAAGGCAGUUAGUUUCCCCAUUUUGCAAACUAGGAAAUUGAGGUUCAAAAUAAUUUAUGUUACAGAAUAUGACAGAAGAUGUUUGUGUUAUAGGAGUAUAUAUAUAUCAUAUAUAUCAUAAUAGUUAUUAAUGGUAAUAAAAGCAGCUAACAUUUAUAUAGAAUGUUUACACAUGGCCCUGUAUUGUGUGUACAUUGCCUCAUUUAAUAUAACGAUGCUUUGAGGUAUUGGCACUAUUAUAAUACCCAUUAUACAGCUGAGUAAAAAGCAGCUUAGGAAAGUUAAGUAUGUUCUGUAAAGUAAUAAGUGGUACAGCUGGGAUCUGAACUAGGUGGCAUAACUCCUGAGCCCACCUUCUUAACAUUGUCUUAAGCUUGUACUCUGACAGACCUGGAAUUGAGUCUUGGCUGUAACGUUUACUAGCGUUAAAUUAUUUGUGACAAAUUGACUUGUCAGUGCCUGUUUUAUUUCCCUUUCUUCUAUCAAGCCAUCUGUUCUUGUGUUUUUCUAGCUCAAUGACAUAACUUCUUGGUAGAAGCAUAAACAGUGUAUGGUAACUUAUCAGAUAACACUUCUGUCCUCACAAGACUGACGGUCCCUUGUCUUAUUCAUCUUUGUAUCUCUAAAAAUCAGAGUGGAUGCUCCAUUAAUGAUUGUCAGAAAAUGAAUAGUGCCAUUAAUUCUGUCUGGGGAGUCCAGAAAGCUUCUCAGAGGACAUGGUAUAUGUGAUGUGCUUUGAAUGAUGAGUAUGAGUUUCUCAGGCAGAGGAGAGAGAGAGGAAGGGCUAUCCAGUCAGAGGGAAUCCUCUGAGUCAAAAGGGCAUGGUGAGUAAUGUCCUGUGCUGGGGGGACCUGGGUGGGUUGUAGGGAGGGAGUGGGCAAGCUAAGAGUAUAGGAAGGGAAGUUGUAAAUAAUGAUGGGAGGCCUUGAAUACCAGGCUGAGGUGUUUUGGAUUUUUUUCUUUUUAAAAAAUCUGAUAGUAGAGGGAAAUUGUGGAAGAUUUUAAAUAGGUUAAUGUUAAGUUCCCAUGUAUUUGGAUUUUAAUUUUUGAAAAAAGAUACUUGAUAAUAGUGUAGUGUGCAUUAGAAAGAAAGAAAAAUAGGAGUUGGAAAGACCAGGUUGGGUAUCUUUCUAAGCAAGAGAUUAGGGCCUCAACUGAGGCAGUGGUGCUGAAAACCUUGUUCACAUAAAUAAGUAGAUGCAAAUGGAAUUAUUUUUCAUGCAGCACUGUCAGUUCUCUUAAAUCCUUCAGAGUUAUUUGCCAAAAAUCAAAUAAUGUUCUAUCUUUAAAAAUCAUGUUUUAUAUGGUGUGUCAUCUGAUAACCCCGUUAAAGUCCACCUUAACUUUUGUUAAAAGCAAAAGAAUGGGAGCCGCUUAAGUUGCAAAAAGGUUGGGAUAGUCAGUGGAGUAAUUCUGUUUCUUAAUACCACACUGGUAUUUUGAAUUGUCCCUUUGGCACUCAGGGUGUUUUAUACUUAAGCAUAGUACAUCACUGUAUUUUUGUUAAGUAGGAGAAAGAUAAACAGGAAAUGAGAACUUUUAUGACUGAUGCUUGACAGAGGAUAUCAUCUCAAGCAGAUCAGAUUUCGAUGCAGGAUUUAUAAAAGUUGAGGAUCUAGAAAGAAACUCUGUAAAAUCAUCUGUCACUCAUGCUACUUAGAAAAUCUUCAGGUGCCCCACAGUGAUAUGUGUAUUCCAGUUUAAAGACUGCUGCGCUGAUUAGGGCGUUGAGUGUGAUGAUGGAGAAAAGUGUUUGGGUUUGAGAGAUUCAGAAGGUGUAGAAUUAACAGGACUUGUGGAUAUUUUCCUCUGAAUUACUUUUCAGUGGGUUUGCAUUUCUAUAAGCAUCAAGAAUGUUAUCAACUCCCCCCAAAAAAGCUAAAAAAUACUACAUUGACUAGAAAUACUGAGUAUUCUACAUAUCUUGUGUUCUCUUUAAACUUGUAUGCCAUUUAAUUGUAUCUGUUUAGAUGUUAGAAAUACACACUAAACGCUUUCUAGGUCCCUCUAAAGUGUUUUCUGGCAUCCUAGAUCACUGUAAUGGCAAAUAUUCAGAGUUUAAGAAAGCUGUUGAAUUUUACUUAAAGCAGGCCUGGAACAAAUUGCACUGUAUCAAAAGUCCCUGUUUUAGUUUCUGUUUCUUAAUGAUUUAUUUAGGAUUAAGGUUGCACAGAAAACAAAGUCAAUAUAUGCUUCUUAAAAUGGAUAGAUGGAGAUAUGAGUGAAAUUCUGAGUGGUUUAAUAAACAUAGAGGAUCUUUCUAUAAAAAAGAUAAAUCUUCAAGUGGAUCUGAGCAAGUUACAGGGUAUCCCAAUUUAACUAAACUAUUGAGGAAAAUGUAACACUUAGGAACCAGAGAUUGUCCCAGAUAUCAUUUAAAGGCCCCAUUUACCAAGUUAUUUAAAUAAUGAAAAUCAUAGGAGAGCUUACAGGUAUCUUGGUUUUCUUAACACUUUUAGUCUGUUACUGUGGAUAUGUUAAAUUGGUGGCAUAAUGCAGCAUGUGUUUUGAAAGAAUAUAUAUAGUAGACGCCCGUCAUUCACACAUAUAACCUGUGGGAAUUCAACCACUAUUCUCAGUGAAUGGGCAUAGGCUCUAGAAAGUGUGAGAAAGCAGAUGGAAGUCUGCUCUUCACUCAGUCUCUCAUUUUUUCACUGGCCUCUCCUAGUGUAUCUCACUGCACUAGUCUAAUUCUAAUGUUUAAAGGUACGUGUUUUUACAUAAUAUGGUGCUUUAACACAAGCUCAACUGAAGAAACAGUCAUCUUUCCCUAUUCUGGGAUUGUAUCUCUUCAGAGAGAUUGUUGAACAGUAAGUGUGACUAAAUACUAUUUUUGGCCAUUUAUACAGUUUUGAACCUAACCUCAAGAUGGGAUUCCACUGUGCAGGACUGGGUAUUAGAAAAUAGAAUUCGCAGGGAGGGUCCUGUGUUUAGAAAGUCACUGUGUUUGAAGUGCUGCAGAAGUUCAGAAAGGAUAGAUAUUCAUUUAUUUGGUUCUGCCUUUCUAGGAACGUUAUUCUUUUUCAUAUCCUUUUUUUCCCCCUCUAGUUGUGGCAAUUUAUGAUUAUACAAAAGACAAGGAAGAUGAGCUGUCCUUUCAGGAAGGAGCCAUUAUUUAUGUCAUCAAGAAGAAUGACGAUGGUUGGUAUGAAGGAGUUAUGAAUGGAGUGACUGGGCUCUUUCCUGGGAAUU